AAGAAUUCUUCUCUAUUAUUUUUUUUUUCAUAUUUCACAAACAUUUCCGACAUGUAUAGAUAUCGCAUUGAAUAAAAUAUCAAUCUAUUUAGAAUAGCCUUUAUUCGAGGAAUAUUUUGUUCAAUUUUGUGAUGAGAAUAUGUAUAAAAGAAAAUUCAGUUUCAAGGUAUACCUGCUUUUUCCCCCACAAAACAGUAUUCUUAUUUAAUACAUAUUUUAUUAACUACACGCAAUGCGAACAGUUAUAAAAUAAAAAAAAAAUAUUACAAUCACUCCGAUUUGCGAACACUGUAUCUUAUAGGCUUUUGAAUUUUUAACGGAAUUCUUUAUCAAGGGGUUUGAAAAGAAAGGUGAGAAAAUUUCUAGAUAGCUUUUAUAUUUUAGUUUCUUGUUUUUUCGUAACAGUGUCUUAGCUAAUAAAUAUUUUAUUAACUUCACGCAACGCGAAUCAUUAUAAAAUAGAAAAAAAAAAGUAAGGAAGAACAUUACAAACUAUAAUUACGAAUCGAUCUGAUAUCCGAACACUGUAUCCUCUUAUGGAUAUAGACUUUUGAUUCUUUUUUUUACGGAAUUCUUUAUCAAGGGAUGUAAAAGACUUUUAAAUUUAUAAUACAUCUUAGAAGGAAUUGAAAAAAUAAAGAAAAAUAGUUGCGUGUUUCAAGCAGUUCUUACAGUUCCUUUUUACCUUGAUAUUUUCUUUAUUAUGAAAAGGAGAAUAAGUUAACAAAUCUUUUGAGGGAAGUAAAAAUACAAUUCCAUUUUUUAGAGAGCUGCAAUAAUACAAUAAUAUUUUUAAUUAUUAUUCAUUAUAAAAUGAUUUCAACAUAAGGGCACAAAAAUGAGUUUAUAUUACACAAAAAUCAAUUCGCAAGAUGUGGAUAUAUUUGAUAAUCGAUAUUACAAGAUUAUGAAACAGGUGUCUAUUUUUACAGGAACAUGGCCAUUUGCUGAAAAUAUUCAAAAAAUUGUCCAAAGUGUUGUAUGUUUUUCACUUGUUACUGGCAUGGGACCUCAGAUUUAUUGUUUAUAUCAACGUAUAUGUAGUAGAAACUUAGAUGAAAUUCUCGAUAUUCUAACACCAUUUUUUGUUAUGCUCAUGAGCACUGCUCAACUUAUAAUUCAUCGCAUCAAUACUGAAAAAGUCAAGAAUUUCAUAGUAUCGAUUCGAAAUGAUUGGAAAACAUGGACAGACCAAACUAAUGAACAUGAAAUUCUCUGUGCUUAUGGCGAAAGUAACACAAUUUUUAUGUUAUUUUUUGCAGGACAUGUAUUAGCAAUAUUAGUUGUAUUUGUUGGUGUUCCAUUUAGUCCAAUAAUUUUAGACUAUAUAAUUCCAUUAAAUGAAUCACGUCCAAAGCAAUUUGUAUAUCCCGUGACAUUUUGGUUUGAUCAUGAAAAAUAUUUUUAUUUUAUUAUAAUUCAUGGUUGUAUAACGGGUUCAAUUAUUGUUAUAUUUCUUGAGAGCUCCGAGGCAAUGUAUGCUAUUUUUACACAUCAUGCUUGUGCCUUGUUUGCAAUAAUUAGUUAUAGAUUUAAAAAUGCAAUAAAUUUUAUCGAGAACAACAAAUUUAAAAAUGAUAAAGAAGCAGAGAUUGAGCUUUAUGAAAUAAUGUCCUUAACAGUUAAACUUCAUUCGUCGUACAUUGACUUUGCAAAUGCAUUGGAGGAUUUUUUCUCUCCUGUUUUAUUUUUUUCCGUAGGAUUCUAUACAUUAUCAGCAAGUUCCAUUGGAUUUCAGGCCUUAAUUUCCUUGGGCGAAUUGGAUAAAACAAUUCGAUUCAGCGUUUCUGCUGUUGGAAUAAUGGUUCAUCUUUUUAUUCUCACUUUACCUGGUCAAAAAUUACUUGAUUGCAGUUAUGAUGUUGUACAAAAUGCAUAUGAUGCUUCCUGGUAUCAAAUGCCCAUAAGAGUGAGAAAAUUAUUAUUAAUGAUUUCGAUGAGAGGACAUAUACCAUGCAAAGUAACAGCUGGCAAAAUAUACGUCGUUAAUAUGAUUACUUUCUCUGCUUUAUUAAGGACUGCUGUUUCUUAUCUCACUAUGUUUAUAUCGAUACGCUCAUGAAUUAGAAUUUUCCAAAUAUUUUUAUAAAGUAAUAAAAAAAAUAUUUAUAUUUUACGAGCUGCUUCUUUCUAUAAAUUAUGAUCAAAUAUUUAACACUUAUAUUUUACAAAAUGGUGCAAUCAAAUUCACUUCUUUAAAAUGUACACUUUAAAAAAAUGUUCACGU